CAUCACUACGUAGUUGCAAAACAAUUUCAGGAGCAUAUAAGGUAACUGAUAAUUAUGCCACAGCCUUGGGUUAUCAUUGGUGGGUCAGUCUUGCUACCUAAUGUUGGUGGUAUGCUUGGGGGAUUCAUCACCAGAUCUCAGGUUAAGGACUGGUUUGACAAAGACUUAAAGAAACCCUCAUGGAGACCCCCAAACUGGCUCUUUGGGCCAAUGUGGACCAGCCUAUACUCUGGAAUGGGUUAUGCAUCAUAUCUUGUAUGGCGAGAUGGUGGAGGAUUUGAUGGUGAAGCGAAAACUGCACUGGCCCUGUAUGGGACAAACCUGGCUUUGAACUGGUUGUGGACUCCAAUUUUCUUUGGCUCUCACAAGUUGGGGCUGGCUUUUGGUGAGAUUUGUCUUCUGUGGCUGAAUAUUGCUGGUUGUGUUUACACAUUCUACCCAAUCAACAAACUUGCAGCAGGACUCAUGCUGCCUUAUCUUGGUUGGGUUACACUGGCUACAGCUCUUAACUAUUGCAUCUGGCAAAUGAACAAGCCAGCCAUAAAAGAAGAGUGAAGCCUUCAAGAACUACUGGAUCAGUUGUCUUAGUUAUGCAGAAAUCACCAACAGUAAUCCUCAGGGAUAUAAAUCAUAAUUAGGUUAGA